CUAAGAUCAUUUACUUGAUCAGGUCCUGUUAAUACUAAUUAUUUUCAUGAUCGAUGGAUCAUGAGCAAAUUUGGUUCAGUAGUACUACGUACUUGGGAGUAAUGGUGCAAAACAAUCGUCCAUAGAUGGAUCAUCUGCAUGUUGCAUUAAUCAAGCUAGCUUGUCACUUCUAUUAAUAGCUAGCUCAAGAUCAAUAUCAUCGUGUACUCACACAUGAUCAAGGCCAUGGUACAUCGAAUACGGGAGGUAUUGAUUUUCUCCUUUGUAGCUCUAUUCUGCAAGGCUACCGGUGGGGCGCCUGCUGAUUGGUGGGCAACCUGGCCUCCUGAAAGUGCCAGCUAUUGCCUGAGCUGGAGGUUGGCCGUAGAGGCCAACAACGUGCGCGGCUGGCGAACAGUCCCAACUCAGUGCUUGGGCUACAUUGAAACAUACAUGAUUGGCGGACAAUAUUUCCGGGACCUCCGCUUAAUUGCAGACCAGAUUUUGAGUUAUGCCAACGAGAUAGUUCCAUCUGGCGACGGGAUGGAUGCUUGGAUUUUCGACGUUGACGACACCUGUAUCUCCAACAUAUUAUAUUACAGAGAUAAGCGAUAUGGGUGCGACCCAUAUGACCCGGUAGGGUUCAAGGCGUGGGCAACGAAAGCAGGCUGCACGGCGAUUCCUUCGGUGCUCCGAGUAUAUAACAAAUUGAUUGAGAGUGGAUUUAAGAUAAUCCUAGUCACGGGAAGAGACGAAGAGACCAUGGGCCCAGCCACUAUAGAAAACCUGAAUGACCAGGGAUUUGUGGAUUAUGAACGUCUCAUUAUGAGGACUGCAGCUUAUAAAGGGCAAAGCGCGGUGAAAUACAAAUCAGAAAUCCGGAAGCAGCUGGUAGUAGAACAAGGUUACAGAAUAUGGGGAAACGUUGGAGACCAGUGGAGUGAUCUUCAAGGGGAGUAUUUGGGCAAUCGGACUUUCAAGCUUCCUAAUCCCAUGUAUUUUGUUCCCUAAACUGAACAAUAAUAAUAAUAAUAAUAAUAAUAAUAAUAAUAAUAAUAAGCUUUGCUGCU